AAUAAGCGGACUAGGAGGUGGGUCCUAAGGCUGACAGUUACGGCACCCAGUGGGUGGUACUAAGCGGUUGUGGAUGACGGUAUGCCUCGGUGUGUGGAAGAAGGAGAAUAGGAUUAAGGCUCCGGGAAGACGUGAAGGUGCAUAGCCGCCGUCUGUAGACUGCUAAACUUGCGCUCCAGGCCGGACUAGUAAAGAAAAACAAGUAGAAGGUUGCUGGUGAAAGCAGGUGGAGGACUUGUUUGGAGCUAUGGAACUGGCAGCAUCCCUGACAGAGGUCGCCGGAGUUUAAUAGCGUGAGAUGUAAUGGUCACCGGCGCUCCUCCGUUCCCCGAAGACAUAGGAGACGGCGGCUACAAAUGUCCGGACUCCGCACAACGACACAUGUAUAAGACUAAAAAUCUGAACAGCCCAAAAACGCUUCCUAUUUUUUCUUUGAUUAUGAAGUCUGUAGAUGAGCCCCCUUUCCUGUCGGUUGGUACAGAUGUAAGUGCUAAAUACAGAGGUGCUUUCUGUGAAGCCAAGAUAAAGUCCACAAAAAGGCUGAUCAAAGUUAAGGUAACCUUCCGAAGGGAUGCAACAGCUGUGGAAGUACAGGAUGAUCAUGUUAGAGGUCCACUAAAGAUUGGUGCUGUGGUAGAAAUAAAAAGGCCAGAUGGAACUUACCAGGAAGCGGUUAUUAAUAAAUUAACUGAUGCAAGCUGGUACACAGUCGUGUUUGAUGAUGGAGAUGAAAAAACUUUGAGAAGAUCAUCCCUCUGCCUAAAGGGAGAAAGGCAUUUUGCAGAAAGUCAAACACUCGACCAGCUUCCUCUUACUAAUCCUGAGCAUUUUGGUACUCCUGUAAUAGGAAAGAAAUCCAGUAGAGGAAGACGAUCCAAUCACAUUCCAGAAGAUGAAUCCUCCACCUCAUCCAGUGAUGAAGAUGAUGACAAAGACAAAACUGGAGACAAGUUUCAGGGAAAGGUUGUCUGUGUUUCCUUGAGCACCGAAGAAGAAAAAAACCCAUGGGUUCCUGCACUGGUGGUAUCACCAGAGUGUUGCGAUGACAUAGCUGUUAAAAAAGAUUUUAUUUUUGUACGCUCGUUUAAAGAUGGCAAAUUCUUUUCUGUUGGGAAAGCAGAUAUUCGAGACAUUGGUGACAUUUCUCUUCAAACUGACUGUAUUUUAAAGCCAGCGUGUGGCCAUGCCAUGGAGUUUAUAAAAAACAAAACGAUACCCGCCACUUGGAAAUCCGAGUUGAUAGAGGAAAGUUCCAGUAGUGAAACAGAAGAAGAUGGGGAGACAAAAGAUGAACAAGAAAACAGUAAUUGUGAAGAUGAGGAGGACGUGGAACCAUUUCCAGAUGAAGGCGAACACUUUUUACAACAGCUCUACAAGUUUAUGGAAGACAGAGGAACACCAAUCAACAAAAAACCUGUACUGGGAUACAGAAAUUUAAAUCUGUUCACAUUGUUUCGCCUUGUGCAUGAACUUGGAGGAUUCAAUAAUAUUGACAGUGGGGCGGUCUGGAAACACGUUUACCAGGAUCUUGGAAUUCCCGUAUUAAAUUCAGCUGCUGGGUAUAAUGUCAAAUGUGCUUACAAGAAGUAUUUGUAUGGCUUUGAGGAAUACUGUUCUUCCACCAAUAUUUGUUUCCACAUGGACCUACCGAAGAAAAUUCCAAAAUCAAGUAAAGAUUAUAAUCUUGAGAGUACAAAUUUUCCAAAACAAGAAACCAAAAAUGAUGGAAACCUUGAGGAAACUAGUGUUAAGAAUGACUGUUGUGUUAAAAACGAUACGUCUGUUUUAAAUGAAGAGGCCCGAAACUUGGACACAGAAAUAGAUGUUCCAUUUCCCUGUGCGAAGGAACCAAAAGGACUAUAUGAAAACCUUUCAGUUCAGGAUAAAAAUGAUCUGAAUGAAAGUGCUCAGGAACCAAAAGUGUACAAUACCAACAAGAAAAAAGGAGUAUCUGAUGAGUGGAUAAAAGAUGACAAAACACACAGACCAGCUGAUAAGAGUGUACCAAAAGUAAAACACAGAAGGAAAAUUAAGAAUAAAUCGGAAGCUGGUCGUAACAGAUCCAUAUCAGACAAAGAUGAAAACGAUUCCAAGCAAUGCAAACUCUUUUCAAGACCUUUAUUCCAGUCAUGUGACAAUGAGUCCUCCUUUGACUGUAAUGAUAGCCGAAAUUCUGCACAAGGUCUGCUGAAGCAUUUAGAAAUAGCUUCCAUUUUAAAUGGUCUUCAAGCUACAGAACUGUAUGAAGACAGCAUUAAACUGGAUCAGAAUAUGAAUAAAAAUGAAAAAGACUUUAAUAUGAGUAAUAUAAGGAAUGACCUGGCAGCAAGAUCAGAAGGAAAGAGAAGUCAAGAUACAGAAGGAAGUUAUUCUAGGGUAGACAAAUUUGACUGCAAAGCAACACAAGAGGGGUCUUCAGAUGAGACAGACUAUAAGCUUGAGGCUUCUAUGAGGAAGACAUUUGUAAAUAACUUUGACAAAAUAGCCAAAUCUCCUAUUAAAUCUAGUAAAAGGAAAUUUAUUUCAUGUGGCAAAGGUUUAAAUGCAAGCAUAAAUGAUGAAAGUAUCUCCUGCAAAGAGAUAACUGAUAGGUUUGAUGCUGACAUUAUUAUGUCCUCUGAUGAAGAGGAGCAACCAAAGUCAAAAGUUCCAUUGCUACAAAAGUGUAAUGGUUUGGAUGACAAAAAAAAAAAAAAGCAAACCACAAGAUUGUAUACAAGUUUACAGGACAUGUCGGAUAAAAAAGCUAAAACAAAUUCUUCAGAAGAAAGGCUGAGAGCCAAAGACCCCAAAGAUGUUUGGUCAAGUAUCCAGGGGCAAUGGCCUAAAAAGACUUUGAAGGAACUUUUUUCUGAUUCAGAUACAGAGGGCGCUUCAUCUCCACUUCACAGGGAUUUAGAAGAUAUUCCAAAUGAUUCAACUUUUCAGUCAGUUAAUAAUGAAACCAGAGAUUUGUCUGUGGAAUUUCUAAAACCUAUAACUCACACCAUUGAACUGAAACCAGCUGAUAAACAAAUUGUUGAAUUAGGUGAAAAUAAAGUGGACUUACCCAGCAGUGGAAGUAAUUCUGUACUGAAUACACCUCCUACAACACCAGAAUCUAUCUCUUCCAGGGUAUAUAGAAGACCACAGUUAACAUUUCAAAUAUUUGAACAUGCAGAAGCAAAUCGUGAAGAAGUAGAAAGCAAGAAAAGUGAAAGUAACAGUACAACUGAAUUGGAUAGCGUUACCUGUGAACUACAAGGUCUCCAGUUUGAAGCAAACCUUUCUCUGACAGGAUUUGAAGUUGGCAUCAACUCCAAUAGUAGUAAUCAUCUAGAAAGCCAGAGCAAGGAAAAAGGUAAACUCCAUAGGUGGUGUUACAGGCUAACUGUAUUUUAAUGUUUGUAAUUGUCAGGCAGAGCAUUGCCACUUACAAAACAACUUGUGAGUAUAGAUGUAAGGCACGUGGGCCUGGUGACAUGCAUACCUUUUAUGUACAGAUAUUAACCACUUGCUUACUGGGCACUUAAACCCCCUUCGUUCCCGGACCAAU